UUCUUCUUCCUCUUCCCCUAUACAUAUCAUCUGCAAGCCCUAUAUUUCCCUAACGACAUAUCGUUUUUGUUUUUGCUUCGAUUACUAUAUCAUCAUCAAUAUCAUCAUCCAUGGCUUCCACUCUAACUUCCUCUCUUUCAUCCAAAACCUCUCUCUUUGAGUCCUCCUUCCAUGGCACACCCGUUGUGUCAUCACCUCCUUCUAUCCGCCUUCAGCCCGUGAAAGCUGCGGCCUCUCAGAACAACAGCCUUUCCGUUUCUAUGUCCGCUUUGACUCCCUCAUAUGAUUUACAGAGUUUCAAAUUUGACCCCAUCAAGGAGUCGAUUGUUUCUAGGGAGAUGACUCGGCGAUACAUGACGGACAUGAUCACUUAUGCCGAUACCGACGUGGUGGUUGUGGGUGCUGGAUCGGCUGGCCUUUCAUGCGCCUAUGAACUCAGCAAGAAUCCUUCCGUUCGGGUUGCCAUCAUCGAGCAGUCCGUUAGCCCUGGUGGUGGAGCUUGGCUUGGCGGCCAGCUCUUCUCGGCCAUGGUAGUUCGCAAACCAGCCCAUCUCUUCUUGAACGAGCUGGGGAUCGACUACGAUGAGCAGGAGAACUAUGUUGUUAUCAAACACGCAGCUCUGUUCACCUCCACCAUAAUGAGCAAGCUCUUGGCACGGCCAAACGUGAAGCUGUUCAACGCUGUGGCGGCUGAGGAUCUGAUUGUGAAGGAAGGGAGAGUUGGUGGGGUAGUCACCAACUGGGCAUUGGUGUCCAUGAACCAUGACACCCAGUCUUGCAUGGACCCAAAUGUUAUGGAGGCCAAGGUUGUGGUUAGCUCUUGUGGGCAUGAUGGACCAUUUGGUGCUACUGGUGUCAAGAGAUUGAAGAGUAUUGGGAUGAUUGAUAGCGUUCCUGGGAUGAAGGCUUUGGAUAUGAAUACUGCAGAGGAUGCAAUUGUCAGGCUUACAAGGGAGAUCGUUCCUGGGAUGAUUGUUACUGGUAUGGAAGUGGCAGAGAUCGAUGGGGCUCCACGAAUGGGACCUACUUUUGGAGCCAUGAUGAUAUCAGGACAGAAGGCAGCGCAUUUGGCCUUGAAAUCAUUGGGACUUCCCAAUGCUCUUGAUGGGUCAUUUGUGGGGAAGAGCAACCCAGAGCUGAUGCUAGCUGCUGCAGAUUCUGCAGAGAUUGCUGAGGCUUAAAAACUAACUAGAUGGAAAAAAAAAAAAAAAGAAAAAAAAAAGUACUAGUUUAAAUAAUAGUUUGAAGAAGUUAGGAGUGAGUGUAUGUUGGUGCCUUGGUGGGAUGGUUGAUGUGAAUGCUGUGAUUAUGUGGUAGGCUUUGUUAGUAAUGAAGGUGUUGUGAGUUUGUCUUGUUCUCCUUGCUCUGUUGCAAGUGAAUGGAAGCAUUUCUACCUUUUGGCUUCA